AUGCCUCCUUUACCAGAUACCAAAAAAAAGGAACAACUAGAAAUCUUUAAUUUGCAAGAAAUUGCUAUUGUCACUUCUCCAUGUAUUAUUAUUCAUGGUAAAUGUUUGAGCAACAAUGGUUCCAAAACCAUCCAAGUACAACACCAAUCGCUUCCUACUCUAACCUAUCCUGUAGAUGAGAAUUUUUUUAAGAUCACUUGUCAUUUGCAACCAGGUGAAAAUACGCUAACGAUGGUUACGGACACAAAUUUAUUCAAAAUCAUCAAAUGUAUCUACACUCCAAUGUACCAAAAUUUACCUGUUCAUUUAUGUCUGUUGAUAGCGAGAGACUCUCCUUUGCUUUUCGAUUCUCCAAAGUCACAGAUACAGAAGGAAGGUGGUAAUAACCUAGAUCUGGCUAUUCGAAAACUGAGAAUGGCAGGUAGGUUAAUGCAAGCGUUCACUAAUGAACAGAUGUUACGUGCAGGUUUUGGUCAAAGAUGUUUUCAAUUUGUAGAGGAAUACGCAUUGGAUACUAUCUUCCAAUCAAGCCAAGAAAUGAGAAACACUAUCAAGAUCCAUAUCUUGAGAUCUGAUAAAACUACUAAAGAAAUAAGAGACUAUAACAUUGCACAACAAAAUAAAGAUGCGAAGAAUUCGGGUGGCUUGUUUGAUAUUGCAAUGAAUUGUGUUAGAGGAAGUGAGUUUUUCAAUCAACCAGGCUUAAAAAAACCAGUUCAAGCUGCUGUAAUGUUCAUGGAUACUCAUUGGGACGGUAAGAUGAUUACAGGUCAUGCUGCGUUAGGUGGUGGUACAUCUGAUAUUAAAUUGGCUAUAUUUGGUUCUCAUGGUAUGUAUUCAUGGCCAACAUGUAUGGAACAAUUAUUACCUUAUAUGUUAGAUACUACUAAAAGUUCUACUAAGGAAGUUGCAAAUGAUUGUAAUGAAUGUGGGUCUCAUUGGGAAUGUUGCGUAGUUACUAUGGGAGCGUUUAUGCACGAGAUUGGACAUUUAUUAGGAUGUCCGCAUGAAGAAAAUGGUGUGAUGUUAAGAGAUUAUGUCAGGUUGAAUAGAUCAUUUUUGACAAGAGAAUCAUUCUGUCUCAGAACUAACUCAAACGGUGCAAAACCACCAAUAUAUCCAAGAGAAGAAUGUACUUGGCAUAGAUUAGAUUUAUUAAGAUUUUUGUAUCAUCCAUCUUUCACUCUGCCCCAGGAUUUCUAUGAUCCUUCAUUUUUGCGACCUUCUAAGAUAAAUUCAGAUGGUUUGACGCAACCGGCAUUAUUUCCAUUAGGGAAUGGGUCUUGCAUGAUUAAAUCUGAAGGUGGAAUAUAUUGUAUUGAAAUAAUAUGUGGCGAUUUAACAAGAGCUUAUAUUGAAUAUUUACCAAAAUCCUUGGGUGGAACAGGAACUCAAAAGGAGGUGAUUCUAUCGUUACAAGAUUUAAGAUCUAGAAUCCCGCCAAAUCACCUUGAAAAACAUGCUAAUGAUUUUAAAAUUGGUAUUUUGUGCACAAAUGGCCCUAAUAAAACAUUUGACAACUUCCCAAAUCUGUUAAAUAUUUCUACUAUUUCCAUGGCUAAAUACAACUACCCUGGUAAUGUUAAAGGUAUUAAAUCGCCAUUGUUAGGUAAUUCAAAUAGAGGUAGUGAAUUUGACAUCAUACCGAUCAAUAUUAAAAAUAUCACAAUGGUAAGAGUAUAUUAUGGCAGUGCCCUUGAUGGUCUACGAUUUUACCAAAGAACAGAUGAUCCAAAUAAACCACCAUCUAUCCCUCCAAGAACUUAUGUUAGCGGUUUGAAGGAUUCGAUGAAGAAUUUUUCAAUCAAUGAUAAAAACACAUAUAAUGUUUUAAUUGGCAAUGAGACAACGAAUUUUAGUGACAUUAACUUGGAAAAUGGAGAGAUCAUCAAAGAGUUCAAUGUCAGAUGCGGCGCUUGGAUUGAUGGUAUACAGAUUGUAACAAGCCGUGGACGCAGCAGUCCUAUGUUUGGGAACGCAAAUGGUGGUAGUCUUGGACAGUUGAAGGCACCUCAUGGUCAACAAAUUUUGGGUAUAUAUGGUAGAAAAAGUAAUUGGAUGGAUGCGAUUGGUAUAGUUUAUGGUAACAUAUAA